AUGUCGUCGCAGACCAUGACGGCGCCAGCAGUGGGCCAUCGACCGCCUGAUCCAGGCCCCGAUACGCCCAUGUACGACUAUGGCGGCUCUCAGAACGACGCUUCGCCUCCGACCGACUCCAGGAGCGACUCCGCAAUCCGCGACAUGCAUAAUUCUGCCCCAACCUCCAAGGGCUUGCCCGCCACUCCAAUCGGAAUCAAGAUGGAACCCGUCGAGGCUCAGGAUCUGGCCGGGUCCGAAAAUCAGAAGAAUAUCAAUACCCAGUCCGCUGCGGGUGCGCUGCUUGCUCAACUUCUCGGGAAUCAAUCUGCGCCGACGAAUUCUGUCCCGACGAACGGGUUACCAACGAUGGAAACGGGGACGGCGACGGGGACAGGGACAGAAACGGGAAAUCACCAGGAUGUGAAGAUAGGCGACGAGGAUGGCCAGCUGGAUGAAAAGAUGGACCUGAACAACGAUUUCUCGCUCGAGUUCAACCUACAACAAAAUGGACAGGCCUCGGCUUCGGCAGGGAUGCAAAGUAUGUCAAAUGGGGGUAAAUCGACGGAUGAUAUCUUCGCGCAACUCGAUGCGACGCCACAGGAUGGAUCUCAUACGGGGCAUCGAGGGUCAGACGCCAUGGACCUUUCCGAUCCCUUGAACAACUCGAAGACAGACCUCGACCAGCAACCGUCCCUGCUUCCCCCCUUCGAUUUCGCCAUCGCCCCGAAAAACGCCUUUGAGGCCCUUCAACAGAACGAAAUGCUCACCGCAGCCUAUCUAUCACAGAGCGCCGAUCUGUCCGCCUUGGGUUACCAAGAUGGAUCUACCUCGGUGGCCGGAUCAGAGCCUCGGAUUCAGGCCUUUGCGAAGCUGGAGUUUGACGAUGGCCACUUCUAUUGCAAUACGUACUCGUUUAUCUUGGGUCGCGAUGUACGGGCAGCGCGCGCUGCGCACCAGCGAGAGUAUCAGUAUCGGCAGGCCGUGCGAAGCUCUCGGGCCAAGAGUUCGAGCGGCGGUAAUACUUCUCAUACGCCUAACCGGAUGAAGCGAGAAGAGAGCGCUGCAAUAAUGGGCAGCGUGGUCAGCGACCGCGGAGGUAUUAUGGGAUUUGAUCCCGACGUUCCUCCAAAUAUUUCUGGCAACAACAUGCCUGGUAAAUUGGAUAUGAACCGAAGAUCCUCAAAAUCUUCGUUUGAUGGAUCAGUCGUGCCGCUGCACGCCAAUCCGGCUCAAUUACAAGCCCCCACCGAUUAUAAUGCACUCGCCAUGCAGUCCCUUCAAGAAGGAAAUGGCGAUCCCAAGCCGGUUGAUACAUUGGCUCUCCUCCCAUCUCCUGAUUCUUGUCCAACCAUUCCUAUUCACCCUCCCUCGACAAUAGACGGCACGGCUGCAGGUCACCGCGGUAUCUCUCGCCGACACGUCCGCAUUGCCUAUAAUUUUGAUCGCAAUUUGUUCGAAAUGGAAGUCAUGGGUCGCAAUGGAGCUUUUAUCGGUGCUGAUUGGCUGUCCCCUGGGCAAGUCCGGCCAUUGCAUAGCGGUGACUAUAUUCAGAUUGGAGGAGUCCGCAUCCGAUUCUUACUGCCAGAUGUCCCCAUUGGAGAGACUGGUGCGGACCGUAUGGAGGAGCAACUAGCCGAGGAAGAUGAGGCUGAUCGGGGCUCCGUCGAUGCCGAGCAUGAGAUUGAUGAUACUGACAAGCCUCUCAGUGACAGCGAGAGCAGGGAGCCCUCUUCCAAGAUCACCAAGAUCGUCCUCAAGACCAAGGACUCUGAUUCCUCCAAGGCCCUGCCUUCUAUCGAGGCUGGCGGGGAGAAUGGCGGGCAACCUGCACGACGCAGGGGUCCCGGUCGUCCUCCCAAGGACGGUAUCAUGUCCAAGCGCGAGAGGGCCGAACUGGCCAGGGAGCAGAAGAUGGCUGCCAAACGGGAGGCCAACGGUGGUGUCACUCCGCCACCCCCCGUUCUCCCUACUAAACCUACUGCUAGCAAGGCUGGAAAGACCGUCAAAGAAUCAGUUGGUGCUGAAUCUCCACCGUCUUCCGUGAAACCUGCCGAGAAGCGCAAGUAUACCAAAAGGAAGAAGGGCGAUGGCAUGGACUUUCCUUUGCCUUCAACAGAGGGAGGCCAAUUCACGACUGAGCACCGGCCUGAGGAAUAUGUCAAACCUCCACCCGUCAAGAAACGGAAGCCCUCGCGGUCUCCGUCUCCCAACUAUCCCCCGGAGUCUGCUUAUACUCCCGAGGACCUGGCCAAGCCGCCUUAUAACUACGCUGUUCUGAUCUUUGAUGCUUUGACGGAAGCUGGAAACCCGAUGACGCUGAAGCAGAUUUACCGUGCCUUGAAGUUGAAGUAUCCAUACUUCCGCUUCAAGUGUGAGACUGAAGGAUGGACAUCGAGUGUGCGACACAACCUCAACGGCAAUAGUCAUUUGUUCAUGCACGCCGAGCGAGAUGGCAAGGGCUGGUCCUGGCAACUUCGUCCCGGCGCGUCCGUCGAGAAGGAGAAAAAGAGACGUCCGUCACCUCCACCGCCGCAACCACCUCAAGCAUCAGUGCCGCCUCCUCAGCACUACAUGCCUCCUAUGCCUCAUUCGUAUGCCCCACCGACGGGUGCGCCUGCUCCAAUGCAGAAUCAGCACCAGCAUCAGCAUCAGCACUUCCAAUUCCCUUCCAUUCCGCCUUCCAAUUCCUUCUCUGCACCUUCAGCGCCUCCUCAACAACAGCAUACCAGUCCAUAUGCACCUCCUCCCCCUGCUUCUACCGCCCCUCCCCCUCCUGCUCCUGCUGCCGUUCCUCCAGUAUCUGCGCCGGCACCUGUUGCAAUUCAGACUCCCGUGCCUGCACCCGUGUCAGUACCAGCGCCGCCAUCAACUACGCCUGCUCCCGUUUCGGCUCCGGCUCCUCCUGUUCCUGCACCUGCCCCUGUGCCAGCCCCUGCAUCUUUCCCUAUUCCAAGUGCCCUGCGUGGCAACCUCCCAGCUGCCUUUGCUCGGACCACACCUGGAACCUAUACCUCUCCAUAUGCCUCCAACCCGCCUCCGCAGGCUCCUCAACAGCAACAGCCACCUCCGCAGAAUUCGCAGCCGCAGCCACAGCCUAUUCAAGGGCCACCGGGACAGCAGGCACCGCAGCAACAUCAGCAGCAGCAGCAGCAUCAUUCUCCUUAUCCCCCACCCCAAAAGGCACCUUCUACCCCACAGCCACAUAUCAACUCUCAAUCCCAAGCCUAUCCUCCUCCCGCUGCGCCGCAAUAUCAACCUCAGCACCAACACCCAAUCCAACAACCGGUCCAGAUGCAACACCAACAGCACCAGCAACCGCCACAUCAACCUCCUCCACAUCAGCAUGUGCCACCACCGCAUCACCAGUCACAUCAACCACAUCCUCCACCUCCAGGACCUCAAACACACCAUCAUCAACCACCACCGCAACAUCAGCCGCAACACCAGCACCAUUCUGUGCAGUCUGGUCCUCCUCCACCGGUUGCCCCAGAGUCUCCUUCGUUCACUGAGCGCGCCAACAAGGCCAUUGACGACUUUGAGAAUGUUCUCAUGGAAGACUACGAGGACAAGAACUACAUCCGGGAGGUUCUUCGCAGUGCGCGUGCCCGGGUUCUAGGCAAUGCCACGGAGAGCUCAUUCCCUGGUGGCGAGCCCAAGGAUGAAGCGGUCAUUAUGGAUGUGUUGCGCAACCUGGUGGGAAGCCUGAAAGAAGAGUAA